AUGAACUGUCCUUCUCGAAAUGAUGAUACUGACCGGCACCCUCAUUGGAAUCAGAACCCCCCUGCGCUCACCGCAGAUCUGACUACCCGAGCAGACCUGAACGGCAUUGCAAACACUAGGGAACUGGAUGGAGCCGAGCAUUCAAAUCAGUCGGACAAAGAGCAGGACAAAUCGCCAAGAGAUGCUGCAAUAUCAAGAGCAGAGAGGCCAGCCGGUGCGGAGCAGGAGCAGGAGAAGGAGCCAGGGAGAAAGGCUUUUACCUUGUCAUCGGCUCCUCAAGAGGAUCCUCAUGGCAAGACUUCCUUCACGCACUUCGCUGCCCAAUGCACAAGGCGACUACGAGAAAUCUUGACCAAGUAUUCGCGGUUCAUCGGACCGGGCUUCUUGAUCGCUGUGGCAUACAUAGACCCUGGCAACUAUGCUACUGAUGUGAAUGCUGGAGCGGCUACCAGGUUCGCCCACCUCUUCAUCGUGCUGAUGUCCAACCUCUUUGCCAUCUUCCUCCAAACCUUGUGUAUAAGGCUAGGAAGCGUGACUGGCCUCAACCUGGCUGAAAAUUGCCGCAAGCACCUUCCGAGAUGGUUAGUCAUCAUCCUCUAUAUAUUCUCUGAGUCGGCAAUCAUUGCUACGGACAUCGCAGAGGUGAUUGGAUCCGCAAUUGCCCUCAACCUUCUACUGCACAUACCGUUGAUAGCAGGCUGUGCAAUCACGUUGGUCGAUGUUUUUGUUAUCCUCAUCUUCUACCGCCCUAAUGGGUCCAUGCUGCAUAUACGCAUCUUCGAGUAUUUUGUAAUGGCGUUGGUGCUCGGAGUGGUCGUUUGCUUCUGUAUACAGCUUUCUUACAUCCAAAAUACCUCGGUAGGGCAAGUCUUUAGAGGUUAUCUGCCCUCGGCUGAGGUCGUACGAGGGAACGGCGUUUACCUGUCUUGCGGCAUCUUGGGCGCCACCGUGAUGCCGCAUUCGAUUUUUCUCGGCUCUGGUGUUGUACAGUCACGCCUUCGUCAGUUUGAUGUUAAUGCCGGCACAGUCGAUGCGCCUACUGCGGCGGACGACUCCAAAAGUCUGGAUGAGAAGUACCGACCGUCGAUCGCAGCCAUCAAGUCAUGCCUGCACUAUUCGGUGGUGGAAUUGGCUUUCUCCCUCUUCACCUUCGCGCUCUUCAUCAACAGCGCCAUCCUAAUUACUGCUGGCGCUUGGCUAUACAACAAUUCCGAAGCAGCAGAAGCAGAUCUUUUUGGAAUACAUAACCUGCUCUCCACCACCAUUGCCCCUAUCGCCGGCACUUUGUUCGCAUUGGCCUUGCUACUUUCAGGGACCUCUGCCGGAAUAGUUUGUACCAUUGCCGGGCAAAUGGUCAGCGAAGGCAUGCUCAACUGGUCUGUCAGGCCUUGGCUUCGCCGGCUUCUGACCAGAAGCAUCAGCAUCGUACCAAGCGUCAUCGUUGCCGGUGCAGUGGGUAGACAGGGCUUGAACGACGCUUUGACGGCUUCCCAGGUUGCAUUGAGCGUCAUCUUGCCCUUCGUCACAGCACCACUGAUCUACUUUACAUGCCGCAGCCACAUCAUGACCGUAAUCACAGCGCCAAGCGAGAAUGAUGCCAGGGAGGGGGAGACAGGGUCAGCCGGUGUCAACAUGAGAAAUGGAUGGAUUGUCACCAUCUUCGCAGUGCUGAUCUGGCUUGUGCUCGUCGUCAUGAACGUGGCUCUAUUGGUGCUGGUCGGCCUUGGCAAAGCGUAG